CAAAGCUUCAUUCGAUUUGGCCUAGGAAGCCUUUUCGACGUCUCUUGUUCCCUGGUAACAAGCAUAAACAAGGCUUUGGUGACACAUUAUUGUCGUCUACACAUCUUUGUGUGUGAUCAUCUUCUGAGACUCCGACGCAUUGUGUGCGGGCAACUACACUCUUUGUUGCCUCCUGGUUCUCCUGAGUGCUGCUUAUAGCCUUCUGAGGUUAUAUUGACUGCCCGCAACCUCUCCAAAGCAUAGGACCUUCAUACUUUUGCAUUACUACGUCUAUGAGCAGCCUCGUGCAGUGAACUGGACAAAAUGAGCCAAAUUCUGACCCCUCGACAAGCUGAAGAGCUACACAAGGCCAUUAUUGCGUACCUGUCAUCAAACAACCUGCCUAACACAGCAGCUGCCUUAAGAGAAGAACUGAACCUUGGUGACACGUUCGAUACUGCUACUUCUAAGAAAUAUGAGGGUCUUUUGGAAAAGAAAUGGACUAGCGUUGUGCGAUUACAGAAGAAGAUUAUGGAACUAGAGUCGAAGACGGCUACUCUACAGUCGGAGUUGGAUAAUGCGACACCUACCUCUCUAUCCAAGCGGAACCAAGACCCGUCUAGUUGGCUCCCUCGGUCUCCGCCACGUCAUACCCUGGAAUCUCACAGGGGCCCUAUUACCUGCGUCGCCUUCCACCCUGUCUUCUCUUCCUUAGCCACGGGUUCCGAGGACUAUACGAUAAAAAUUUGGGAUUGGGAGUUGGGAGAGCAGGAGCGCACAAUCAAGGGGCAUACAAAAGCAGUGCUGGAUGUGGAUUUCGGUGGUCCUAGGGGUGGGACCCUUCUGGCAUCGUGCUCGAGUGACCUAACUAUCAAGCUGUGGGAUCCUUCCGAUGAAUACAAGAAUAUUAGAACUCUACCCGGGCAUGACCAUAGCGUUAGCGCCGUUCGCUUCAUCCCGUCAGGUGCAGCGGGUGCGCCAAGUUCUAGCAACCUUCUCGUAUCUGCUUCUAGGGAUAAGACGUUACGUUUAUGGGACGUGACGACGGGCUAUUGCGUCAAAACGAUACGAGGACAUGCAGAUUGGGUCAGAGAUGUUUGUCCGUCGCCGGAUGGCCGUUAUCUUCUAUCUGCCGGAAAUGAUCAGACUGCUCGCCUCUGGGAUAUUUCGCUUGCUAACCCUGAAAGCAAGCUGACACUCGUCGGCCAUGAACAUACAGUCGAGUGUUGCACUCUUGCUCCUCCAUCAACUUACCAAUAUCUUGCGCCACUUGCUGGGUUGAAAAAGCCGCCUCCAGCAUCGAGCACUGCGGAGUUUAUGGCAACAGGUUCUCGAGACAAAUCGAUACGUAUCUGGGAUGCGAGAGGCAACUGUAUUAAGACCCUUCUCGGACACGAUAACUGGGUUAGAGCAUUGGUAUUUCACCCAGGCGGUAAAUACCUCCUCAGUGUCUCCGAUGACAAGACGUUACGGUGCUGGGAUUUGGCUCAGGAAGGGAAAAAUGUGAAGACGCUCGUAGACGCGCAUGGUCACUUUGUCUCCUGUUUGAGGUGGGCCCCGGGCAUUAUACGCGAGCCCGUGACGAACGGGUCAGGCGAAGGUCUAAAUGGCACAUCUCUAAAUGGCAUUGCAAAAGCCGCGGCUGUUGCUGAUGUUCAAAUCCGGUGUGUUAUCGCAACCGGGUGUGUGGACUGUAAGUUGAGGAUUUUUGCCAACUGAAACCACCAAUACGGUAUGCGAUAGGACAUGAAAAGAUGUGUCGUUCUGGCGUCACUUUGGCGAUCUUAGCUUCCGUUAAAGCUCGAGAGCUUUUAUGGUCAGAGUAGCGAGGU